AUAAUAAUCCCUAUCACAACUCGAAAACUGUCGUGUCUCACCACGCGCCGCUAGUCUAGACGGCGAACGCCGCCGUGUCUCACUGCGCCGCGCCUCCACCAGUCACCGUUCAGUUAGAAGCACAUUUGAAUAAGGAUUCAAGGAUCCAAAUCAGGUAGUGUAUGUAUUGAAUAAUAUCAAUGCAUCAGGUCUAGAGCUUUAGGAUAUUUGCUUCAUAUACAUUUUGGAAAGCUCUCCUCAGAUGUGUAUUCUGAAGUAUCUAGGGGCUCCCAGGAAUCAGCCUUCUGCUGCCAGAAAGUACCUUAAAGGAUUGGGGUUUUCAUCUCUUCACACAGCUCCAAAUUCCUCUGUUGAACUUCACUCACAAGAUGAGGAAGUAGUGAUUGCUUUGGGAAGUAAUGUAGGUAAUAGGCUCCUUAACUUUAAGGAAGCCUUGAAGAUGAUGAGAAACUCAGGCAUAAACAUCACAAGACAUGCUUGCCUUUACGAGACAGCACCAGCAUAUGUUACUGACCAACCUCGCUUUAUCAACUCCGCAGUAAGAGCUAUUACCAAACUCGGGCCACAUGAAUUAUUGGCUGCACUCAAACGAAUUGAGAAGGACUUGGGCCGUACUGCUGGUAUAAGGUAUGGUCCAAGGCCAAUUGAUUUAGACAUUUUAUUCUAUGGUAAAUAUAAUGUCAGGUCUGAUACUCUCAUUAUACCUCAUGAAAGAAUUUGGGAAAGGCCAUUUGUAAUGGCCCCUUUGAUGGAUUUACUGGGAUCAGCUAUUGACAAUGAUACAGUUGCUAGCUGGCAUUCACUUUCAGGUCAUUCUGGUGGACUAUCUGCAUUGUGGGAAAAAUUAGGCGGUGAAUCCCUUAUUGGAGAGGAAGGUAUGUAUAGGGUGAUGCCCUUUGCUAAUGGCUUACUUGACUGGUCACGAAGAACAUUGGUCAUGGGGAUCCUUAAUUUGACUCCGGAUAGUUUUAGUGAUGGGGGAAAUUUCCAGUCUGUGGAGUCUGCUGUGUCUCAGGUUCGGUUAAUGAUAUCAGAGGGCGCAGAUAUGAUUGAUAUUGGUGCUCAGUCUACUCGGCCGAUGGCAACUAGGAUCUCUGUUGAAGAAGAAUUAGAUAGAUUAAUCCCUGUCCUGGAAGCUGUGAUGUCAAUGCCAGAGGUAGAAGGAAAGCUCAUAUCUAUUGAUACUUUCUACUCUGAAGUUGCUUCAGAAGCUGUGAGUAAAGGGGCUCAUCUUAUAAAUGAUGUAUCUGCUGGGCAGUUAGAUGCGAACAUGUUUAAGGUCAUGGCAGAUCUUGAUGUUCCUUAUGUUGCGAUGCACAUGAGGGGGGACCCAUGUACAAUGCAGAGUAGCGAAAACCUGAAAUAUGAUAAUGCGUGUAAGGAGGUAUCCUCAGAAUUAUACUCACGGGUUAGAGAGGCAGAAAUAUCAGGAAUCCCAGCAUGGAGGAUUAUUAUGGACCCUGGUAUUGGAUUCUCAAAGAAAACUGAAGACAAUUUAGAUGUCCUCACAGGAUUACAUGAUAUCAGAACAGAGAUUUCCAAUAAAAGUAUCGCGAUCUCUCAUGCUCCUAUGCUAAUUGGACCCUCAAGAAAGAGAUUCUUAGGCGAAAUUUGCUCUCGUUCUGCUGCAGUUGAGAGGGAUCCUGCUACCAUUGCUUCUGUCACAGCUGGUGUGUUGUCUGGGGCUAAUAUUGUUAGGGUGCAUAAUGUCAAAGACAAUCUAGAUGCGGUGAAGCUUUGCGAUGCAAUACUAAGACAGAGAAGUGCUCCCGUGAAAUUUAGACAAUGAAUUUCAAUUUGUCUUGCUUGGCCAGUUCUAGUGCUGAUAAGUUUCGCCACGCUGCCCCUUUGUUCUGAAUUUGGCUGUAUGCAAAAAUUCUGUUACAGUUCUUUCCGGUGUCAGAGCUAGCUUGCCUUGUGUUUAAAACUACCUGUUUAAUAAUUUAAUAAGCAAGGAUUGAUCUAUUAUUGUAUAUGACAAAGAUAUAUUAAGUUGCAAAUGAGGGUUGGAAUUAAA